UUCUUUCUGUGUCUUUCCAGUUUCCGUUUCCGGUGAGUGCUGUAGCAGAAAUUUCGUUCAUAAACGAUUCAAACUUCGAAUCCAUUUAAUCAAACAAAUAAAAAAUGGCGAAGUCAAAGAAUCACACGAAUCACAAUCAGAACAGGAAGGCCCACCGAAAUGGGAUUAAGAAGCCUAAGAGGUAUCUACACGAAUCCACUCUUGGUAUGGACCUGAAAUUUCUACGUAAUCAACGAUUUGCCAAGAAACAUAACCUUAAACCCAAGGCGCAGUUGAAGCGAGCAGCAGAACGAAAGGCUAAGAGGGAAGCCAAGAAAUAGACUGUGCAUACUUAUGUUUUUAACUUAAUAAAUUGAAAAAUCUUGUUCA